AGCCUGUGACUGGUCAUCGGCGGACGAAUCGUGGAACUGGCGCAUUUUCAGUUAUUGGUGAUUGGAGAUCUUCAAAUAUUACACUGAUUAUUGGUUACUCUGUUCUAAUAAGUUUAACCGCGGAUGAGUUCUUAACUUGGUGGUGCAAAAUAUAACUUUGUAAAUAAAAAGUUAACCAAGAAAAGAAUUUCGUUUGCAAGGUGAAGUCGUAGCAAUUCAAGAUGUCUGUAUGCUUCUUUGUGCCUGCGGACCAAGCCGGUACCUCAGCGGUGUCGGAAGAGGGCGACACCGAGGUGGCGGGGGAGGAGGGCUCCUCUCCGGAGAACAUUCAACAAAGCCUUCAAGCCUUCUGGGCGAAAGUCACUGACGAUAUCAAGAAAGUUAAUGCCGACGAUUUCAAAACACAAGCGCUGCCGUUAGCGAGAAUCAAGAAGAUAAUGAAACUGGAUGAGGAAGUGAAGAUGAUUUCGGCGGAAGCUCCCGUACUGUUCGCGAAAGCUGCGGAGAUUUUCAUACAUGAGCUGACGUUGCGCGCCUGGUCCCAUACUGAAGAUAAUAAGAGACGAACUUUACAGCGUAACGAUAUAGCAAUGGCGAUAUCCAAGUCCGACCAGCUGGACUUCCUGAUAGACAUAGUGCCCCGACAGGAGGUGAAGCCUACCAAAACACGUGAGGAGCCGCCGCGCGCUUCCAACACCGAACAGUACUACCUUCAGCUGGCGCAGCAGCACCAGGCGGCGCUGCAGGGCGCGCAGCCGCAGUACCUGCUGCAACCUUGUGCACAGGUUGUACAGCAAUCAGGUAACGCGUCUACAUCCUCUGGUGGACAGCCCCUUACCCUGGUGCAGCAAGUUGUCACCUCCUCUGGGGAACUGCAGCAAGUACCCAUCCAGUUAUCUCAAGCGCAGUUGAACUUAGUCCGUCCUCAGCUGCAGAACAACGCGGGACAGCUUAUCGUGAUACAAGCUCAGCCGCAACAGACGCCGCAGAUCAUACAGGUAUCUUCCCAUGGCGGUCAGAACCAACCACAGCAAGUGUUUCUAGCGCAAGUCGCCACCACGCAGGAGGAAACUUAGCGACGUAAAUAGUGAACGGGGUCUAUCACGAAUACGUGACAUUUGCGAGAUUUUAUUCGUAACGUAAUCGACAACAAUUGUAUGAAAUUUGUUGAUUUACGUUUUUUAAUUUGAUUGGCAAAAAGACAGAACAUAGUAGUAAAGAAACUUAGUGUACAUAAACAUUCAUGGAAUUUUUAAGAACAUAACUUGUCUCAUGCCAAAUUAAAAGUAAAAAAGGGAAACUACACAAAUUCUUUUUCCUCGAUGACUAUUAACUCAUUAAAACUUUCGUAAGAUAAAUUAUUUGUUGAUGACGUAACGAAAAUGUUCUCACGAAUAUUCAUGAUAAGCCCCUGUAUACAUGUUGCAUCUCUUUCAUUCUCUUUGGUUAAACAGAGAUAAGUAUAAACGUAUGUUGCAGUCAAAUUCAACAUAUUUGGACUUAAUCUGUGAAAUUGUCUGAAAUCUUUAAUUUUAUGGAAUUACUGUAAAUAUAUUUAAUAAGGAAAAAUAAAUAAAUGUGAUGGAUUUAUA